UGCCCCUAUUCCCGUCUCAACCCACCGCGUUGGGUAACCAAAACCGGCACUCAUUAUUUUCUUCUCCGCUUCACCUAAACGACAACCAAAGAUUCGAAAUGGCUCCCAAAGAGAAGAGCAUCGCCGCCUCCACUGGCCUCAAGAAAGGUACCAUUACCAACAAUAACGAUAAGAAGGAAAUGCAUUACAGAGGAGUUAGAAAGAGGCCUUGGGGUCGUUACGCCGCCGAGAUACGGGAUCCGGGGAAGAAGAGCCGGGUCUGGUUAGGCACUUUUGAUACGGCUGAGGAAGCUGCUACAGCUUAUGACAAGGCGGCGCGUGAAUUCCGUGGCCCUAAGGCCAAGACUAACUUUCCUCUUCCCACCGAAAUCACUCCGAUUAAAACCAAGGUCGCUAACUGCACUGAUGACCCAAGUCCUAGCCAGAGCAGCACGGUUGAAUCCUCCAGUCCGCCGGCUGCGCGUGAGAUCACACACGACCUUGUGGAAAGGUUUCCGUUUGUUUAUCAGCAGCAGAACGUGGUGGGUCCGGUUUGGUUUUUUGAUGGCAGUAUAAGACCUGAGUUUAUGACUCGGCAAUUUCCUGUCCGGUUUGAGCCAGUGGGGCUCGCGUUUAAUGGUGGGUUAGUGAGUGGUGGAAGUCAGAGUGACUCAGACUCGUCAUCCGUCGUUGAUGGCAAACCAGCAAGAGACUUCGAUCUUAAUCUUCUUCCAUCGGAGGAGGAAGAUGCUUAAACUUUUUCUCUUUAUACUUAAUUGUUUAGGCAAAUAACUAAUUUCGUAAGGACUAAUUAAGUAAUUGUUUAUCUUCCACAGAAGUAGGGAGAGGUUAAAAAUGGUAAUAAUCUCGUUUAGUAGAUUAUUACCGUUGGAUGUAAAUGAUUUAGGAUUAAGUUUUUUGCAACUAAAAAGAGGAAUUUAAUCUUAAUUUCUCCGGAGUUUUUCUCUUGUUGUAACCUUGCAAUAUUCGACAGAAUUUUCAUUUAAUUUUUUUUUCUAUAAUGAAAUAGAAAUUGCUAAUGUUUAUUCCUCCUUA